CUUGUUGGCAGAGUUGUUAGGAGUGGACAAUACCCCUUGGAUAACCUUACAAGACACGUGUGGAGCCGUUCCCUAAACCAAUUCCCGGCCGAUGCGCGUUUUUUGCGUUAUUCUCGGGUAGCGGCAACAACAAUUUUAUAAAGCGCGGGACCGCCCUGAUGGCGAAAAUCACCAUUCCUAAGCCUUUCCAAGCCCAUCUGUAAAAUGAAUAGAUUACCAGGUCGGAUCCUUUCACCCUGGCAGCCAGUCCGGGUGUUCCGGCCGAACCUUCGUUGCCACAAGUUCCUUUCGAGUUUCCCUCCCGCGCAGGCCUGUCAGUCCAGUCAGGACAAGACCAUUGUCGAACCUCAGAAUGGACAUUGUCGCUCAACAACUACCUCAGCCACAGCGAACAAACAGCCAUUAUCAGCGUGGGAAUUAAACUUCUGGAAAUGCCGUCAUACAUGGAAACGCGCAGGGAUCAACACACUACGCUGCCUAGUCGGCUGUACGCUAGGUGACUUCUCCGCUCUGUGGAUGCUCCAGACAUUCUAUCCGGGGCUCGGGAUGGGUACUAUCAUGGCCGCAUCUAUGGCAUCCGGCAUCAGCACGUCGAUUAUUCUGGAAACGGUCCUCCUCCGGCGUGGAGCUGACCAGCUCUCCUGGCCAAUGGCACUUCGCACUGCGAUGGGGAUGAGUAUGGUAUCGAUGCUUGCAAUGGAGGCGGCAGAGAAUGCUGUUGACUACCACCUUACUGGCGGUGUUGUGGCUCUGGACGACCCGAGUUUCUGGAUGGCAGCGGCUGUCUCCAUGUCGGCUGGUUAUCUGGCUCCGUUGCCGUAUAAUUACCUCCGGCUGAAAAAAUAUGGGAAGGCCUGUCAUUGAUCAUCCGGUAGGAUUCUGCACUGAUUUAAGGGAACCGCAUAUACCAUGUAUAGCUGCUAGCGAUGAAAUACAUCAUGUACUAUUAUGCAAGUACCGCGGCAAAUCUCCUCGAUAAAAAUUGUUGUAAUUGAUACAUUGUCUGUGUUUGCCAAGGCAGCAACGCGCCGAAACGAACUUUCGGCGUAGGUUGUCCCCGACCAGAAAAGCCAUAAGGAUGACAUUGUUCAUCUAGGGUGCAAAAACAUUAGUAAAGUGAAAUUAAAGAUCGGCGCCUGAGGCUUAUAUACUUCAGCGGUUCCUAUAACUCUACUCCGAGACGCAGCUGAACUAGCUAUAGAUAACAAACGGAACAAUAUACUCCUGAAAGGAGUACACUAUAGUAUAUACUUAUGAAGUACC